AUGGGAGGGGGAAGAGGGAUGUUGGGGGGUGGGAUGGGAAAUGGUAGUGAAAUGGAUGUUUUUUUUGUGUGGGGGGGGGUGGGAUUGUGUGGGUGGGUGGUAUUGGUUUGUGGGUGGGGGUGGAAUUUUGUGGGUGGGUGGUGUGGGAAGGUUGGGUGGGGGGGUGGUGGGGGUGUAGGUGGUGGUUGGGGUGAUAAGGGGGAUUGGGGUGUGGUUGUUGGGUUGUGUGUGUGGGUGGUUUUGGUGUGGGGGUUUGAUUUUUGUGGGGUUAGUUUGGUUUUGGUGGUGUGUGGAAUUGUUAGUGGGUGGGGGUAUUGUUUUUUGUUUGUGGGUAUGGUGGGAGGGUUGGUUGAGUUUGAUGGGUUUGUGUGGGGUGGGUGGGGUGAGGUAGUUUUGGGGAAGUGGGUGGGGUAA